CCGCCGCCUUGCGCACGCGCAGUGAGGUGCAGACCCGGAACGAAGGGCGCUCUCGCGAGAGAGUCUCGGGUUUUUUGGUCCGAAACUAACGGCGCCAUGCAGUCUUCAGGCCCCGCUUCUCCACACCUCGGUUUCGGGGGUCUCCCGGGAGUUUACGUUCAAGGAUGUGGCCAUCACAUUCUCUCAGGAGGAGUGGAGGAGUGGGAAUGCCUGGACCCUGGUCAGAGGGCCUUGGACAGGGACGUGAUGCUGGAGACCUACAGGAACCUGGUCUCCCUGGGUGAGGAUAACUUCCCUCCAAGAGUCGGAAGCCAUUCUGCUAGACUUGCAAUCAAGGAGUUAUCACCAAGAGAAGACACUGAUAAAGGAGAAUUAUGCCAUAUAGUGGUACUGGAAAGAAAUGAAAGUCAUGGCAUCAAGGAUUUUGACCUCAAGAAGUCUGUGCAGAUGUGCAGGAGUGUGAGAGUGAGUGGGGAUAUGAUGCAAGAGAUUAUGAAGAAGUGCUUUUGACCCAUAACAAAAAUCUCAGAAGAUCAAGAUAAUAAAUCCUUAAUUAACUUUCCUCAGAGUGUUUCUGUAAGAAGUAAUGCAUGUGAAUAUUUCACGCAUGACAAGCCAUUCGUAAGAAGUUCGUUAACAACGAAAAAAAUAACAUCAGCGUUGCUGGAAACAGAGAUCUCAAGUGUUUGGAAAGUAGACCUGGAGUGAGGCUGCAGGCCCAGGCGGCUCAGCUGCAGAGAUUU